GUUGGGUCAGGAGGGGCAUCAGUGUAAACACCUGUGCAGCUGCACAGUAAAAUCCUGCCAUAUGAAUGUUUCCUUCCUCUCUCUGCUAAAAUUACAACGUAAUCUCCCGCCUACAUUUCCCACCAUGCCCCUCUCUGCCGAAGCGCAGCGGGCAGCUCCACGUGCCCGUGGAUUUAAACCACUGCUACAUAGGGGAGGGGCGGAAAAGUGUGUCACUGGGGCACGGGGCUCUCCCCGCGGUUACAUGGUCCCGUUUUCUGCCGCGUGCGGGAACAGCUGCCCCUGCACAUUCUCUCAUCAUCGUCAUCCAGCAGGGCGCGCGCUCUGUUUGAAAAAAUACAUAGAGAGUGAAGCGCGUGCAGCAGAUGACAGACUCCUCGUGAGGCUGCAGACUUCUCUACCGAAGUCUCUAGUAUAGUAGAGUCACCGAGUGGAGACUCUUCUUCUGUGGUGUUUGAGUCCGGUUUUACUUUUGUUUGUGAUGCGGGCGGUUUUUAAAGGACGCUGACGUGCACGACGCUACUGGAGUUCAGGAUGACAACAGCUGCCAUGGACACAAACAACAAGAACACAGGAGGUGUGAUCUCCUACGUGGGCUCCUGCGGAAACUCCCCGACCCGGACCAGUCCAGUAUCCCUGUACAGCGAGAACUCUGACUCCCAGCACGGCUUCACCUCCUCCUCUUUACCUGCAUCCUUCCUCAGCAGCAGCUCCAGUUCAGGCUCCACAGGAGAUGACGGCUCCUCCUCGGCAGGAGGUUCCCCUCGAGGCCGAGACGACGGAGGCUCUCUGAGAGCGUUGCCCAGCAAGUCUGUGGCCAGUGUGACCAAGCUGAACGGGAUAGUGCUACUGUGUAAGGUCUGUGGCGACGUGGCCUCGGGUUUCCAUUACGGUGUUCACGCAUGUGAAGGCUGCAAGGGUUUCUUCCGUCGCAGCAUCCAGCAGAACAUACAGUACAAGAAGUGUCUGAAGAGCGACAACUGCACCAUCAUGAGGAUCAACAGGAACCGCUGCCAGCAGUGUCGCUUCAAGAAGUGUCUGUCUGUAGGCAUGAGCCGAGACGCGGUUCGUUUUGGUCGGAUCCCAAAGCGUGAGAAACAGAGGAUGUUGGCUGAGAUGCAGAGCGCCAUGAAUGACAUGGUCAACAACAAGCUGCAGAACAACUUCCAGCUCACCACCCUCUCCUCCGUGUCCUCUUCUUCUUCAUCAUCAUCCUCUUCAUCUUCAUCCUCCGCUUCCUCUCCAUGCCCAGGGCUGACCAUUGCCCCCCUGCCCUCAGCCUUACCACUCAACCCCUCCUCCCCCUCCCAUCCUGCCCCAGCCUCCUCUUCCUCACCCCGUCCUCUUCCUCAGAGCCCCUCCCCUUCCUCCUCCCCUCCUCCCAGCUCCAGGGUGGAUGCCACCAUCAGCGCCAUCACCUGCGCUCACCGCGAGACCUUCCUGUAUGCUCACGACAAGCUGGCCAAUCUCCAUGCGCCACCUCAUCUGCAACAGAAUAACCACAACCGCAACAGGGAGGGGGAGCUCUGGGGACCCAACCGCUGCCCCAGUGGUUACCACGCCAACGGUCUCAAUACCAUCUAUCACCAUAACAACAACCUGGACACAGGACAUUACCUGCCGGCAGACAACAGCCGCAACGUAACACAUCAUCACAAUGACAACGGGAGGCGGAGCUUGCAUAAUAGUAAUUUGAUUGGAGAAUACGGUUCCAAUGGUCAUGUGGCCCAGGGGCAGAACUGUCAAAUGAAGAAUCACGCAGUGCUGGCCUGUCCGAUGAACAUGCAGCCUCACGCUGACCCCUCAAAGACCAACCAGGAGAUCUGGGAGGACUUCUCUCUGUCCUUCACCCCUGCAGUCAGAGAGGUGGUGGAAUUUGCCAAAUUCAUCCCGGGAUUCAAUGCUCUGUCCCAAAACGACCAGGUUGCGCUGCUGAAGGCCAGCACCUUUGAGGUGCUGAUGGUGCGUUUUGCGUCGCUGUUCAACGUGAAGGAGCAGACGGUGACCUUCAUCUCUGGCGCCACCUACAGCUUGGAGGAGCUGCACGCGAUGGGGAUGAGCGAGCUACUGGGAGCCAUGUUUGACUUCAGCCACAAAUUGGCUGCACUGGAGCUGAACGCAGAGGAACUGGGACUGUUCACCGCUGUGGUGCUGGUGUCUGCAGAUCGAACCGGUAUCGAGAACGUGGCAUCGGUCGAGCAACUGCAGGAGAACCUGAUCCAAGCUCUGCGCUUGCUGGUCAACAAGUCAGCCAGCAGCAACAACCACCCCAACAUGGACUCGCCACGCUUCACCAAACUGCUGCUGAAGCUGCCUGCCCUGCGAACGCUCAACAACAUGCACUCUGAGAAGCUGCUCUCUUUCCGUAUUGAUGCCUGAUGACAUUGCCAAUUACUGUACAUCGCUGCACUGUCUGUCUGGCUCAGAUCCUGUUUCAGGUGAAAAGGGGACAUACAGAACUUCCAGGAAACUCAUUGACUAGUUUGUUGGAAAAUGACAAAAGAGAAACAGAAAAGACUCAUGAAAAGGAGCUGUUUUUUUUGUUUUUUUUUUUGAGGACGAGGGAAAAUAUUUCUCAUGUCUUAUUAUGACGACAUCUUAGCUGCGUCUCAAUUCAAGGGGUACAUCCUUCAAAGGGCACAGUCUGCAAAGGUGUGGCCCUUGUAGAUUGUGAAAGCCCAACCAUGGGCCCACCUGAAAUGAGACUGUCUGGUCUACAGAGGAUUUCCUGUUUACUUGACCAACUGCUCCUGCCCCCACAGUUUCUUUACGAAUCGCCGCUCUGGUCACCUAGGAACCCUGACAGCUGCUCUGCUGGCACACAAAGAAUUUUGGGAGAGGAUGGGCCUUGAAGAAGCAUCGGUUGGAGCCUUCGUUGCCUGGGGACAGAAGAACGCGUUUCUUGGUACUUGAAGGAGCCUCCGAAAAGAGAUGGCCUUGUCACGAUGCUAUGACGCAGUUGGUCUUCAAAUGCAGCCUUCGAAGGGAGUGUCCCCUACAAGGGGCCCAGCUCUUAACUUCUUGGUUAAAUACUGAAAAAGGGGAAACUCCCUCAUUCAGACUUCACCUUCCUUCACAUGGAACCCAACAACACCAGCCAAUAGAAAAGAGGAGCAGCAGUGACAGACGGCCUCACUAACCAAUGAGACAGAAGAGUAUGGACGAGGAGUUUAAGUACCAUCAGAUCAGACGUUGCAGCGAGCCCCAUCUUUCAAACAGACAUUAUGCAUCAGAGUUAUUGUAUAAAAACUGUAAAUACUCAUAAAUAUAAAUAUCCAGUUAUACUUGAGCUGUUUGGAGACAGCGUCCAACACAUUUCUAUUAUGCUGCACAUCUAUAUUUUUUAUUAACGUGAAUAUAUGCUGGUACAAAUAUUAUGCGUAGAAAGGUUUGUGG